UCUUGUGCCGCACAACCUCCCGCUUCAUGGAAUGAGCACUCCCCCAUCCAGUCCCCAACACAUAUCCGCAGCACCUCAAAUGCCCGCACCCAUGACCGACUGGGACUCCCCACCCCCCCGCCGGUCCCUGCCCGACCGCUGCGCCGACGCCCUCUCCACCAUCGACGCCAUCGAGCUCGCCGCCCUCGAAGACCACUACAUCACCUCCAACCUCACCACCAUCUCCCACGCCAAACCGCUCUACCAUCCCUCCCAGGGCCUCUUCACCCACUGGCAGCCUGAAGGCGCCGUGAUCCUCGGCAGCGGCAGCGACGUCGAUACGCUUAUGUUCCGGAAGUAUGCGCACACUAUCGGACGCGGCGUUGCGGGCGCAGAGUUGAGCGAGAGGGAGAUGUGGGAUGCGGUGGAGAGGUAUAGGGGUGUGUUGGAGGGGAUGGAGUACCCAGCGGUUGCGAGGUGUGUGUUUGAGGAGAUUGAGGAAGGGUGGGUGAGGGAGCAGGAGGGGUUGGUUGAACUCGGGUUUGAGAUUGGUGGAAGGGACGAGGAGGUUGAAGUCAUCCCCAUCUUCUCGGCAGCACCACCCCCCUCCGCCGCGCGGCACAAACUCUCCUACGGCAUCACAACCUCCCCGCAACGCAAAGCCGCAAAAGACGCAUGGGUGUACCGGCUCUGCUCCAAAACCUCGUCGCGCCAGACGACGGCCGACCGCCGCCUGGCGCAGGAGCUGAGGGAGAAGGAAGCGGAGUUGAAAGCGAUGCAGGAACGGGGGUUUCAUGCGAACCCGGUGCCGGUUUCCUCAAAGGAACCAAAAUACGAAGCCCUCAUGGCCCACCGCGGCACCAAAUCCGCCCUCAUGCGUCUCAAAUCCACGAAACACCGCCGGCGCACCCACUCCUCCUCCCUCACACCACCUCCCAAAACCCCCACACCAUCCUCCCCCACCCCUGUUUCCCCCGCAACCCUCCGCUCCCUCGCCACCGCGCGGGCCUCUGGCCAACGCCGCCGCGCCCGGGUCGAGGAACGCUCAGUGAAGCUGACAUUCCACCCGCAGAUCAACGAGGGCAUGCCGGAUUAUAAGGCUGGUGAGGGGAAGUUGAGGGAGAAGUUGAGGGAGCGGAGGGGGGAGAGGGGUGCGACGACGCCGCAUCCGUUCCCUGGAGUGGAAGAUCAUCAGGCUCGGGCACGGAAGCAUCUUUGCACCGAUGACAGCCGGAAACCGAGAUCGAGAGCGAAAGAGAAGACGGCGGGUAGGAGUAUCAGCAGUCGUUCGCAAGCAAAGUCAAGAUCGAAGACAGGGGCGGGGAAAGCGCCGGCUGCGGAGGUUGUCCUGAAGGAGCUGAAAGCGCGGAUGAACCACUCUUACAACCUCAAAGUAACGCAUCGCGCCGAGCAGCUCGAGAGCAAAGCGUUGAUUGAGAAGAUGCAGCGGGAGGAGAACGAGGAGAAGUUGAGGCAGCGGAAGAGCAUCCAAUCCCGUAUCCGAGCCCACAUCCGCACCCAAUUCCACCAAUCCGCCGCCCUCGCAGCCCAAACAGCCCAAAGCACACGAAACAGCAAAGCACGCCGCGCGGAGCAAGAGGCGCAGUACGAGGAGUAUCUGGAGGGGUUGCGGAGGCGGUUGGAUGAGCGACCGUGUAUGUUUGAGGCGGGGGUGGCAAACGGGAAGGGAAAGGAUGGGGGGGCGAGUGGUGAGGAGGCGCCGGCGCUGCCGAAGGAUGCGGAUGGGAAUGGGGAGAAGGGGAAGAAGGGGUGGAAUGUUGGCGCGCAUGGGCGUGUGGGGAGGAAGCGUGGGACGUUAGGGACUACUGCGUGAAAGCCGAUGAGGGCAUGGGUUUUCAUCCACUCUGCGCUGGACGAACGGCGGCGAGAACUCCUUGAACCGCGGGUUCUAUGUGGUGAUUCGGACGUAUGUAUUGUACCUUGUUGAACGGUUUUCUUCAUGGAAGCGAUGGCGAGUUGUUGGCCACCAUUUAGUCAAGGGCCCAUUUCUUGGACGAUAGUUUUGUAAA